AUGACUCGAUUCUUACAGACUUUGAAGAAGCAUAGCGACAAUACCCGAGUCUACGAAAAUCUGUGGAUACUAACCGCACAAUUUACUGUUCCCGCGAAUUCCGCCUACCAGAACCUGAUCUAUGGGGACAGCCGGUACUGGCAGGCGAGAAUAGGGGAAUUCCAUAGAGGCAAUAUUCAGCCGAAUAUUUACAAGGCUCCAGAGGUCCUCUUUGAUAUAGAGUGGAGCUUCAAUGUUGAUAUAUGGAAUGUUGGCGUGAUGGCUUGGGAUAUGUUCGAGGACAGGCAUUUGUUCAAUGCCCUUAAUGAGGACAGGCAAUACUCGCCAUCUCAUCACGUCGCUGAAAGGGUGGCAUACCUAGGGCUGCCCCUAUUCACUUCUUGGAACGUAGGAAGUGGUUAA